UGGGGACCGGGCUGGCGGGCGGGCCGGGCGGACGGCCGCGCCCUGCGGGUGCUGGUGGACAUGGACGGCGUGCUGGCCGACUUCGAGGGCGGCUUCCUCAGGAAGUUCCGCGCGCGCUUCCCCGACCAGCCCUUCAUCGCGCUGGAGGACCGGCGCGGCUUCUGGUUGUCCGAGCAGUACGGCCUCCUGCAGCCCGGCCUGAGCGAGAAGGCCAUUAGCAUAUGGGAAUCAGAAAAUUUCUUUCUUGACCUGGAGCCUCUACCAGGGGCUGUGGAAGCUGUGAAACAGAUGGCCAACCUAGAAAACACAGAUGUCUUCAUCUGCACGAGCCCCACAAAGAUGUACAAGUACUGUCCCUACGAGAAGUAUGCCUGGGUGGAGAAGCACUUUGGCCCUGACUUUCUGGAUCACAUUGUGCUGGCCACAGACAAGACUGUGGUCUCUGCCGACCUUCUCAUAGAUGACCGGCCAGACAUCACAGGCAAGUGGCCUGCGGCAGGGGCCGAGCCAAACCCCAGCUGGGAGCACAUCCUCUUCACAGCCUGCCACAACCGGCACGUGCAGCUGCAGCCCCCCAGCCGCAGGCUGCACUCGUGGGCGGACGACUGGAAGGCCAUUCUGGACAGCAAGCGGCCUCGCUGAGCUGGACUGUGCUCUGGGCUUCUCCCCGGGGCCACUGACCUCAGGGCUCCCAGCUCAGGGCCUGGGGGUCGGGCGGGCUAGUGCUCUGGCCCUGUGGGGCUCCCUCUCAUGUGGCCCCGGGCCCACUGCAUGUCUCCCUGCCCUCCCCAGCCCUGCCAGGCCUUAAACUGAUCUCGGGGCAGGGCUGGCCUAGGGGCCCUGGACAAGACACGUCCAGCCAGGCGGCACAGGCCGACCUCAGGCCACAGCCAGGCUGCCCAGGACUAGGGGCUCCAGACUGGAAGGAGCCGAGGGCCAGCAUUCCUCCCCCCAUCCCUCAGGGAAGUCCCUUCAUUGGGUCUGUGGCCCCUUGGCCAGGGUGCAGGCAGUGAGGUGCUUCCGGGGUGAGAGGGCUACAAGCAGGAGCAGGUGGGAUGAGCCCUCACAUUCUGGGCUGCAACCCCUUCCUCCUCUGCCCUCCCACCCGGUCUCCGCUCCCCCCAGGGACCCACCGUGGAUUCAGCAACCACUCCCCGAGUUCCAGGGCACGCCAGGCUUUGUGCUGGGGGCACCGCACGCCGCCCUGCCUUGGACUGGCUCAGAGGUUUCCCAUACCCCUGUCCCUGGGGCCCUGCUCAGGGCCUAGCAGUCAGCAGCCCUGAACAUCUGUUGGAGGCCUGCAAAAUAAAUGCGGUUUACGUGUCGUCCGAGGAUGUCGCCCCCUCUAGCCCCUGCCCCGAGAUCCUCUGGCGUCUGGCCCCUGGGCACCCAGCUGCACAUCCUGUAAGUACUUGGGUGGCCCCCUGCACUGCUGAGGGCGCCGAGGAAGACCUCACCACCCACUUCAACACGGGUGCUGCAUGGGACCAAGGAGGAAUGGGCUGAGGGAGGAGCUGGUGACCAUGGCGGUCCCCUGGGUAGGCCCCCCCCCACGCUGACUGGUACCACCCUCACGUGCCUCCUUCCCAUGCAUGCCUCCCGGCCUC